CGGAACGUGACGAAAAUGACGUCAGGUGCUCCGCUUGUCUCGUUUAGCGUACUGCGAAGGAGAGGGGAAAAAAGCAAGCAACAAGAAGGAAGUGCAAUGGCGACAUUGGAUCGCCAACUACCAAAUCCGGAUACGUUCCUGUGCAAACCUUGGUCGACUUUUAUCAGCGCAGCAAAAUUACACUAUUCUGACAACUCGCUCGUCGGAAACCGCUUGAAAGAGCUGUACAACAACUGGGAAGGAACUAAACUCAGCAAAGAAGAGAUGCACGUGUUUGGCCAGUUUCCCAACCAGGAGGAUUUCUGUCUCGUCGUCUGCAAUGUCUGCAACCAAGUGGUCAAACCCCAGGGCAUCCUCACCCACUACGAGCGUCGGCACGGCUCCCCAUGUCCCCCCAGGGGUCCAGUGGCCUCUGUGAAGCCCAAUGUGGCAGUGUCCCCCACCCCGGGUCCUACUCCCCCUCUGCCCUUCAGGGUCCCCAGAGACUACCCCCACUCCCGCUUCAACAAGGCCCCGCUCGCUGUCUACCCUCCCAAGGGUGUCCGCAGCAAGACAUGUGUGUCGUUGCCAGUAGUGAGUCUGGAGAAGAUGCCAUGUCUGGGCCGGACAGAGAGCGGAACACAUGUCAGAGGCCACUGCUUUUCUUCCUCCCCCUCCUGCUCCUGCUCCUCUCCCUCCUCCCUCAAACCCUCCCUGACCCCCCCAGCUCCCCUCAGGGGGUCUCAGGAAAUGCUGGUGAACGGUCGUGGCCCCACCGCCCCUUGCUCCUCCACACCCCCCUCGGUGGACCGCCGGCCCAGCCCGGCCCGCUCUCCCGUGGAUAAACGGCCCUCUAGCCUCUCCCCCCUGGACCACCGCAGACCCUCCGCCUCCCACUCCCCCUCUCCUCGGACCCCUGCAACCCCUUCCCCCCUGGACAGGAAACAGCAGAAUGGAACCAAGACCCCCAGGCCUCACAGGAGACUGUCAGGGAGGGUGUUUGACCCGAACAAGCACUGUGGAGUCCAGGACCCGGAGAGCAAACGGUCCUGCACGCGAUCACUCACCUGCAAGACUCACUCCCUGAUCCACCGGCGGGCCGUCCCAGGCAGGCAGAAAGAGUUUGAUAUCCUCCUGGCGGAACACAAGGGCAGAGCGAAGGAGAAAGAGAAGGAGGGAGGGCAGAGGAGGGAGUCACAGGGGGGCAGUCAGAGCAGCCCUGCCAAUGACACUACCCCCUCCACCCUGCCCCCCCACUGCCACAAUGGCAGAACCGUCUCCACUCUCAAACUGCGGCUGGCUAAUGCACACACACCCAGGGUACCAGGUGGUGGGGGCGCUGCUGUCCUAUCCUCCACCCCCGUCCCUCCAGCCUCGACCCAGGACCCCCCAGCCCCUGUCUGGCAGAGGGCAGGAGAGGACAGGGACGGUCGUUUGUCCAGUUAUGAGGGCGACCCAGGAACACCGGAGGACCCUGACAGAGGCAUAGACGGAGACCGACCAUCCUGCCACUACUCCCCUCACCACCCUCGACCGCUGGGGUGCUGUGCGUUCAACAGCAGGCUGAUGGGGCGUGGUCACUAUGUGUUUGACCGGCGGUGGGACAGGAUGAGGCUGGCGUUGCACUGCAUGGUGGAGAAACAUGUCAACGCUCAGAUGUGGAGAAAGGUGCCCCUGGCUGCUGAGAGCCCUCCCUCCCCCAGCUCUCUCACCCCUCCUCCCCCCCUUUCCUCCCCCUCCUUCCCUCCCUCCACCAACGGAGCCUUCUCCCUUGGAUCCUACUCCACAGCCUUCCCCCAGAAUGCAUCAGCAGCAGGGUUGUUUGGCAUCAGGGACCCCUCCCUGGCCCUUGUCUCCGCCUUAGGGAAACCACGUAACGGCACUUCCACCAAACCCAUCAGGCCCCCAGGGGCCACUGGUGUCGCGGCCAAGAAGAGGAGGACCACCCUUCCAUCUAGUUUUGACACUCUCAGGGGGAACAACAGCAGCUACCACACUCUGACUCCCACCCCCAUGCUCAGCUCUGGCUUGCCCCCCCUUAGUGGUAGGAGAAAGACCUUAGGACACAGUGCCAGUGAGGUGGGGGUCAGGGCCGAGGACUGGUACUCCAACCCUGACUUAACCACCACCACACCCUACCCCCUCACUACGGACCACCAAAGCCCCCUGCCUCCACCCAGCCCCCUGGCCCACGGAGGAGGGGUGGAUGGGAGAAAGAGGAGGAGCCCCAGUGCGUACGGAGGAGGAGGGAAGCCCAGUAAGGUGACCAAAGCAGCAGCAGGGCUGGACGGCAUCUUCAGGAGGAACAGCACUGGACUUCUGGCCUCAGGCCCCGAGUCACCUCGACAGUCCAAGUUGCAUCAUUGACAAUAACAGGAGACAUGGACAGAAUGCUGGGCAGCUGCUUGGACUAGAAUCUGUGACCUUUGACCCAAUGUCAGUAACACAGGGUCCUGCACCUCUGAACAGUGAUGUCACCCCGCCCACACAUUUAUCAGCCAAUGGGCGGUUUUGCAGAGGUAGUCUCCAUGAAUCAAGACACUCAUCAUCACAAACUGCCCUCUGAAAAGGGAACCUGCUUUAGUUUGGCAUCUUCAUCACCACUCUACAUGCAUUUAGACAUUUGUUGUUGUAGCUUCCUGUUCCUGUGUGGUCAGGUGACCAGGAAGGAAUUCCCAUGUCCAAAAACUUCCUCAGACAGACCUGUCUUGACAGCCCCAGCAGACCUCCCUUCCUCACCACACACACCCUUCUCUCCAGCAUGCCAGAGUUCAAAGUGCACUUGCUCUCCUCCUGGAGGCUACACAACAACCUGUCUGUCACACAAGGGAAGACUUCAUACCGACACUUUUUCAUGAAAUGGCUUGCAAAAUAGGAACAAUUCAGGUUAUCCAGGAUUGUUUUUACUAUUCGUCUCAAAUGUUGCGACACAGAGUGUCAGGACCUACACCCUAAAUGGAAAAAAGGAUGGUGUUGGAUUUUUAAAAAUGUAUAAUAAUUUAUAAUUUCUUCAUUUUCUUACUGACCAGAGUAGAGCUACAAACGUUGAGCAAAAUUAUAUUUGUAUGUCAAUUUGAAAAAGUAUUAUUAUAAUCAUAGUUAUUGUUGAAAAUGUGUACAUAUAUUUUAUUAUUUAUUAUUAGUCUCCCCUUACUAAAAGAACUGAAGCUAUAGUGUUUUACCUGCCAGGUGACGUGUGCGCUCUUAAUACGAUGCUUAGUAUUUUCAAGGGUCCUCUGCCGGUGGUUCUCUCGUUUCACACUUCUUCCAAUGUUUCUAUAUGAUAUGUACAUUACAGAAAUGUACAUAUGGCACCAGCCAUCUUCUUUUAAUAUCGCUGGUUCCACUGCGCUGUGUUCUUCUAUUCUGUCAAGGAUGGACACACUACAGGGUCGUCACUGACAUGGGCUGCAUCUCAAUAGUCUUAAGUGGCAUCUUCUCCUCGUCUCCUCCUUUUUGUCUUUCCUGAUCUGAAAACGACGGUGGUCUUUAGAGCAAAUGUGGUGGUUGCCAGACAGGAAUUUGACUUCUGUCUAGCGAGUUCUUGCUGUAGGAAGUUACUUUAGUUCACUUCGAUGCGUAUUUCAGAACAGUGGCAGUGCCCCUACUGUUGCAUAGUGUAGGUGGGGAAGUCUGUUCAGUGUUUGCCUGAAGGUAGAAUACUGCUUUUUCCGAUCCUCUCUUUUGCACUUUUUCCUCAUGCCCAGGUCAUUAAAUCUACUUCCAUUUCUAUAGAUAUUUGCUGGCCACCAAGUAUGAACUCUGGGGUGGGAGGACGCGCACAAUCAAGACAAAAAAAAAAAAAAAAAUUGUAUUUGUAAUGAAUUUCGAAAAUGUUCUUUCGUUUUUCUUUCACUUUGAAAAUGUUGACGGUUUUGUAGAUCGGCAGGGGGAAAAAUCCAAUGUAUUCCCUUUUUUUUUAUAGGGAAUUGUAAGACUGCAAAAUGCGAAGACUGCUAGGGGUGUGUAGACUUUCACCAGGCACUGUAUACAUUUGUAAAGGUGUUUCGUCAACAACAGUAAAUAUGAAGACUAGGCCUGUAUUCCUUGUGACGUCAAUCCCCUCUAUAAACCUGUGUAGUGUGGGCCAGGGGUAUUCAACUCUGACCCUACGAGGGCCGGAGCCUUCUGGUUUUCUGUUCUACCUGAUCAGUAAUUGCACCCAGCUGGUGUCCCAGGUCUAAAUCAGGGACUGAUGGGGAAAAUGGGCAAAAACAAUGCAUUGAAACUGGCUUUGAGGUCCGGAGUUGAGUUUGAAAGGUGUAGGCUAUCUGAAUCUCAAGACAGAAUGUGUCUGUCACCAUGGCUAAGGGAAGUCACAAACACUGUCUGCCUGGUCCAGGGGGAGGUACUGUGGGGGAAGGUUUCUAUGCCUGCCAUUUGUCUUCAGACCCUGCCUCUGCAGGAGUGCACACUCUUCCAAGUCCUUAGGCCCUGCAUAUUUCUAUAAGUGCUCAUAGGUGAAGGUAUUGUCUCUUUUUCACCAUCUCGGUCAGAUAUGCUCGCUUUCUGCAAGUGGUCAAUGUCGACAUGUAACUUCUUCCCAUCAUAGUAUUAGGCUUACAGAAUAUCAGUUUAUAACUCCCAUCAAUUACCAGUUACUGUUCGAUCACUGAAAAUGUGUGCACUGCUCUAAUGGUUAGUCCCGUCAGGAGGCAACAAUGCCCCUCUCCAGUCAUUUAGGUUCACAAAUGGCACGUGACUGACUAGGUAGUAUUCCUGAAGGUUAACUUUGCUUCUCCUCCCCUCACUAUUUUCACUGAGUGUGGAGCAGCAAAUAUGGCAUCUAGUUCAACUGCCUCAGAGGCUGACUCAAGUUUAUGGGGAGUAGCAGUACACUAUGGGAAGAUCUCAAUUGCAUACGGCUCGCUUCUUCGCUCCUCGUCUCCUUCUCAAAACCCAUUGGAUAAGAAAGCCAAAAGUCCCGCCCAUCUGACCUUCUCCUCCAAUGGGUUGUGAGAAUGACGGCAGGAGAGAGGACACGAGGAUAAUGCAAUUGAGGUCUUACCUACGUGUUGGUCUGAAAUGGCACGCUGUUCCCUGUAGUGCACUACUUUUGACCAAUGCCCUAAUAUAAGUGCCCUGGGCAAAACAAGGGCACUGUAUCGGGAAUACAGUGCCUAAGUAGUGCACUAUAGGGAAUGACGCAGACUUGAGUAGACUAGUGUUUCAGUGCAGUCUCCUCGCUACUCACCCAGGACAUGGAUGUCUCUCUGUAAGUAAGGCCUUAUUUUUGUAUUCACUGUAAAUAAAGCAGAACCUGGUCCUUGUCGAGAUCUUACUAUGAAAUAGUCACUGGUUCACCUUUAUCAGUCUGUGGUGGCGUCCAUCAUGUGCUUUCUACUCCUGGGUGACUAUUUUAUCCUGUUGUCCCCAUGGUGUUUUGAACACAUUUAGAUGUGUAUUUUCAGGUUUGACCAUGUUUUGGAUUAAAAAAGGAUAUAUAAAAUGUUUUCUACCUGC